AAACAGCCCCAAACCAACCCAAAAACCAGCCCCAAACAGCCCCAAACCAACCCAAAACCCAACCCAAAAACCAGCCCCAAACCCAACCCAAAAACCAGCCCCAAACAGCCCCAAACCCCCAAACCCAACCCAAAAACCAGCCCCAAAAACCCACCCCAAACCACCCCAAACCCACCCCAAACCCACCCCAAACCACCCCAAACCCACCCCAAACCCCCCCAAACCACCCCAAACCACCCCAAAACCACCCCAAACCCAACCUAAAACCACCCCAAACCCUCCCCAAAACCACUCCAAACCCGCCCCAAACCACCCCACCCCAAACCACCCCAAACC